CGUUGCACAGAGUGGGCGGAUAAUAGCUGAGCCUAUCUCGCUAUACAUUUAUAUCUGCAUCGUUGCGCCACAUAACAAGGCGAAAUCAGCUAACUACAAUGCUAGGACAAAAGGAUUCAUAAAGGACCUAUAUCUAUAAGGUUAUCACCAUGGAGUCCUACGAUAUAAUAGCAAAUCAGCCUGUGGUUAUUGAUAAUGGCUCCGGUGUUGUUAAAGCUGGUUUUGCAGGAGACCAGAUCCCCAAAUACUGCUUCCCAAACUAUGUGGGUCGUCCAAAGCAUGUUCGGGUGAUGGCAGGUGCUCUGGAAGGAGAUCUCUUCAUUGGCCCAAAAGCAGAGGAACACAGGGGGCUCCUGUCUGUACGGUACCCAAUGGAGCACGGUAUUGUGAAGGACUGGAAUGACAUGGAGCGCAUCUGGCAAUAUGUGUACUCUAAGGAGCAACUACAGACCUUCUCUGAAGAGCAUCCUGUGCUGCUGACAGAGGCCCCCUUGAACCCAAGUAAAAACCGUGAGCGUGCAGCAGAGGUGUUUUUUGAGACCUUCAAUGUACCAGCGCUCUUCAUCUCCAUGCAGGCAGUAUUAAGCUUAUAUGCCACAGGCCGGACUACAGGGGUAGUGCUGGAUGCUGGUGAUGGGGUAACCCAUGCUGUGCCCAUCUAUGAAGGCUUUGCCAUCCCUCACUCUAUCAUGCGGGUCGACAUUGCUGGGCGUGAUGUUUCACGCUUCCUACGCCUGCUACUGCGCAAGGAAGGCUAUGACUUCCACACCUCAGCUGAGUUUGAGGUUGUGCGCACUAUCAAAGAGAGAGCAUGCUACCUCUCACUGAACCCACAAAAAGAUGAGACCUUGGAGACAGAGAAGGUGCAGUACACUCUUCCUGAUGGCAGCACAUUGGAUAUUGGCCCUGCUCGGUUCCGAGCCCCAGAGCUCCUCUUCCGUCCAGACCUGAUAGGGGACGAGAGUGAAGGAAUCCAUGAAGUUCUUGCUUUUGCCAUUCAGAAGUCUGACAUGGACCUGCGACGUACACUCUUUUCCAACAUUGUUCUCUCUGGGGGCUCCACACUCCUCAAAGGUUUUGGUGACCGGUUGUUAAGUGAAGUAAAAAAGUUGGCACCUAAAGAUGUGAAAAUAAAGAUCUCUGCACCUCAAGAACGACUCUACUCCACGUGGAUAGGGGGCUCCAUCCUUGCGUCACUGGACACCUUCAAGAAGAUGUGGGUGUCAAAGAAGGAGUAUGAGGAAGACCGAGCACGUGCCAUCCAUCGUAAGACAUUCUGAAGAGACUGGUGGUGCUCCUAUUCUGCCCCAAAAAAGUCCACCAACUUGUCCACCACACCCCCUGAUGGGGAGAGCCCAUGGCUCCCUAUGGCAUGCCUUCUACGGACUCCCCUACACGCCAUAUGACGGGGAAACUGGCCAGGACUGGCAAAGUGUUGACCAGCAUUUACCAGAAAGACCCAGAACCUGUCCCAAUGACAAGGCUUUAAGUUGCAUCUCUUGAUAUUGUGGAUUUUAUUUUUGUUUUGUUUAAACACAUUCAAGGCUAAGCUGCAUUGCUUGAUUCAAAUUCUGUAUUUAUUCUGCUGUGUGUUAUGCCCCAUAAAAUCCAUCACUUAAAUGACAAUGAAGGUGAAUGUUCUGCUUUACUUUGAUAUAUUCAAUUAAGACUUGUUUUUACCUUUGGGUGUGGUUACUGUGGCACAUUAAACAGUGUGCAAAGAUACUUUAAGAACUAGUUGAAGUUGUCUCCUUAUUUCCCACAGUCUGAAUGGAGACAGUUUAAAUAAAUUGUUAAAAUAUGA